AUGCCUCGAUUCCUGCUGGCUUUUGACUUUGACCACACUAUGAUUGAUGAAGACAGCGAUGCAUUUGUCUUUCAACAGCUUGCUCCUGAAUUACAUGAAAAGAUGAAAGAAUUGUACAGUACUGGAGAGUAUGUUUGGACAGACCUUAUGGACUUAUUGUUGGGCGACCUUUAUCAAAAAGGAGUUCAUCAGCACACUCUUACACAAAAACUUGGCGAGAUUUCAUUUAGCCAUUCAAUGAAGAAAGCCUUGGAAUUAGCUAGCUCGAUGGGAAGCGAGAUUGUCGUGAUAUCUGAUGCCAACACAGUUUAUAUUGAUACCAUCACAAAGGCUAAAGGCAUUAACAACAAUAUUAGUAAAGUUAUUACCAAUCCUGGGUAUUUUGAUACCGAUGGCCGACUCCGAGUUAAGCGCUGGACUACAGAGCCUGCACACGAAUGCAUUCGUUGUUCUGUGAAUUUGUGCAAAGGAAAGGAGAUUCUUGAACUUAUCCGCUCAAACGGACCUUUUGAUAGAGUAAUCUACCUUGGUGAUGGUCAGAAUGACUAUUGUCCAUCAACUAAACUCAACCGAACAGAUUUGGUACUGGCUCGCACUGGGCGGUCUUUGGAUAAAAUGCUCAAGGAUGAUACAACGCGAUCACUUGUCAAUGCCAAUAUCAUGUAUUGGAAGACUGCAGAUGAUGUUCUUGAAAUUUUCAAGGAAAUCUUUGAUGUAAACCAUAGUGUUCCUACCUUGAUUCAUACCGAAACAGACAAAAAGCAAUGCACCGAUAAAAGCCAUUCCAUUUUUUAACUUACAGUCGUAUUCACGUAGAGUGGAUCGUUAAAUAAAGAUGCCAAAAUAUACAAUAAA